AUGGAUAAAAUAAGCUUUGAUUCUCCGAUAAUGAAAAAGCUUGGUGAUCAAGUAACUAUUAAAUCAAGUUUAUUAAGGCCAUAUUACAGCUGGUAUAAAGAACUUAAAGAAAGGCUAUCUGAUGAUUCUGAAGUUUUAGAAGAUUUGCCCUCUAAAUUUGACCCAGAAAAUGCGAAGGCCAAUUAUUAUCUCGUUACUAUGGAUAUUGGUUAUGAAGGCUUAAAACAAGAAGAACUUUUAAAGAUUUGGUAUCAAGAAGCGCUGCGAGCUGUUAAAGCUAAGAAUUUAGGUCAUGUAGUUGAUAUUUUUAAAGUUACUGCGGAAAGGCUGGUCCACAUAAUAUUCAACCUUCCAAACGCUGGUGCAUUGGAUAAGUUAAUGCUGAAUGUACCAUUAUCCAAAGAGAUUGGUGACAGAGUCAAAACGGAUAUAAAGGUGGUUAUACCAUACGAACAAUUUUUGUCGAUGCUACAAGGCUAA